CGCCCCUAGCGACGCGGUCACCAGGGAACGGCCGCCCUGCACAGUGGUAGCAUGGACGCGACCACAGCCCCGCAUCGCAUCCCCCCGGAAAUGCCCCAGUACGGGGAGGCGAACCACGUCUUCGAGAUGAUGCAGAACAUGCUGGAGCAACUACUGAUCCACCGGCCCGAGGAGCCCAUCCCGUUCAUGAUUGAUUACUUAUACCAAAACAACGAUAAUGUGCCGAAGAUUGUGGUGUUAGGUCCACCUGCCGCGGGGAAAACAACUAUCGCAAUGUGGCUUUGCAAACAUCUGAAAAGCAAUCUUCUCACCAUGGAGAACUUGAUAGCAAAAGACUUUUCCUCUCUGGCGUGUUACCAGAAAAUGAAGUCAGUGCCCAGCGUGCUGCUCAGCAGGCUGAUUCAGGAGCGCCUUCGUGCGGAGGACUGUGUCAAGCGGGGCUGGGUUCUGGACGGCAUUCCUGCCACUCGGGAGCAGGCUCUGAUGAUCCACAGCCUCGGGAUCAUCCCCAGACACGUCGUCGCCCUGAGUGCUCCAGACACGGUCCUCAUUGAGAGGAACUUGGGGAAGAGAAUUGACCCUCAGACUGGAGAGAUCUAUCACACCACCUUUGACUGGCCCCCUGAAUCUGAAAUCCAGGACCGACUGGUGGUACCCGCGGGCAUCUCGGAGCUGGAGACAGCACAGAAAUUGCUGGAACAUCAUAGGAACAUUGUCAGGAUCCUCCCCUUGUACCCCAAAAUCCUGAAAGUCAUCAGUGCUGACCAGCCGUGCGUGGACGUCUUCUACCAGGCUCUGACCUACGUCCAGACCAACCAUCAAUCAAACGCCCCAUUCACCCCGAGAGUGCUGCUUUGCGGGCCCGUGGGCAGUGGGAAAAGCCUGCAGGCUGCCCUCCUGGCCCAGAAAUACGGCCUCGUCAACGUCUGCUGUGGACAACUGUUGAAAGAGGCUGUGGCAGACAAGUCAAAAUAUGGCGAGGUCAUCCAGCCCUUUUUCGAAAAGGAGAUGGCAGUUCCUGAUGGCGUCGUCAAGAAGCUGCUCUGCCAGCGCCUGAGCCAACUCGACUGCGUUCAGAGAGGUUGGGUGCUGCAUGGCUUCCCGCUAGACGUGGACCAGGCACGCAUGCUGACCGGCAGGGACCACACGCCCAACAGAGUAUUUUUCCUGAAUGUGCCAUUAGAUUCUAUCAUCGAGAGGCUGACCCUGAGGAGAACAGAUCCUGUCACCGGAGAAAGGUACCACCUCAUGUACAAGCCGCCUCCGACCAUGGAGAUCCAGGCCCGUCUCCUGCAGAACCCGAAGGAUUCGGAAGAACAAGUCAAGCUCCAGACGGAUCAGUUCUAUAGGAAGUGCGCUGAGCUGGAGCAGUUCUACGAGCAGGCCAUCACGCUCAACGGGGACCAGGACCCGUACACGGUCUUUGAAUACCUGGAGAGCGGGAUCAUUAAUCCCCUGCCCAAUAAAGUCCCCUGAAGGGGACAUAGUUACUCCCCACCCCCACCCCUAGCGUCUGGAACCUCAGCAGAGCCAAUAAAGAUU